AUUAGGACAAAACUUGUUAAUAGUUGGUUUUGGGUCCCAUUAGUACUUAACAAAUCGUUUUAUUAAUUUGUUGAGUGUAAACUUUGUCUUAAUUAAUUAAGAGUUAAGUUUUUCCAACUCACAACUUUUUUCUUUCCUUAAAAUAAUGUCUUUAUCUUUCACUUAUCUUCUUCUUCAUUUCUUUUGGAUUUUUCGACUAAUUAAAUUACAUCACUUUCAAAGAAGCCUACAAGAGAAAUUAUUGUCAAUGACAGACAAACGUUAAUUAUACUUCAUCAUGUUAAUAUAUUUCCUCGAUCCCUCCAUUUCAUUUUUUUUAUAUAUAAGUCACGGUUUGAUUAAAUAUUAGAAUAAUUUUGUUGAAUAUUAUAAUAUUAAACGAAGAAUGUGUUUUAGUGUAUCAAAUUCUUAUUUGACUUCUUUGAUCUGCAGAGUCUAAUCAAUUUUUCUUUGCAACAUUCACAAAUUCACCUCAUAAUAAAUUUAAUUACACUCCACGGCUACGAUUUGCAUAUUUACAGGUUAUAGCUACAUCUAUGUCAUUUAUAUGAUUGACGGAUUUGCAUAUACAAUUCGCAAAUUUAUAUAAUUUGCAGGUGGUUUCUGAGGAAGGUAGAGCGAUGUAUAAUGGAGGAGCAGCAGGACUAACAUUUUGGAGUCCAAAUGUGAAUAUAUUUAGAGAUCCAAGGUGGGGAAGGGGUCAAGAAACACCAGGGGAAGACCCUCAUUUGGUUGCACAAUAUGGCGUUAGCUAUGUAAAAGGACUACAAGGAGGUGGCGGUAGGGGCAAUACACGGUUGAAGGUGGCUGCUUGUUGCAAGCAUUACACGGCUUAUGACCUUGAUGAUUGGAAUGGCUAUGAUCGUUAUCACUUCAAUGCUAAGGUAAGCAUGCAGGACUUAGAGGAUACUUACAAUGUGCCAUUCAAGGCAUGUGUGGUUGAAGGUAAUGUAGCAAGUGUGAUGUGCUCUUACAACCAAAUCAAUGGAAAGCCAUCUUGUGCUGACCCUACUCUCCUACGUGACACAAUUCGUAACCAAUGGCAUCUUAACGGAUACAUUGUAUCAGAUUGUGAUUCUGUUGGAGUACUAUUCGAGAAACAACAUUACACUCGUUACCCUGAGGAUGCUGCAGCGAUCACUAUCAAAGCUGGGUUGGACUUGGACUGUGGGCCUUUCCUAGCCAUCCACACAGAUAAAGCUGUCCGUACAGGCAAAGUUUCACAAGUAGAAAUCAACAAUGCUUUAGCCAAUACAAUUACAGUCCAAAUGCGUCUAGGAAUGUUUGAUGGGCCCAAUGGGCCUUAUGCAAAUUUAGGCCCAAAAGAUGUGUGCAGUCCAGCCCAUCAACAGUUGGCCCUUCAAGCUGCUCGUGAAGGCAUUGUUCUUCUCAAAAAUAUUGGGCAGGCUCUUCCACUGUCCACUAAACGACACCGUACAGUUGCUGUUAUUGGGCCCAAUUCAGAUGCUACACUUGCCAUGAUUGGCAAUUAUGCUGGUGUUCCAUGUGGUUAUAUUUCACCAUUACAAGGAAUAUCAAGAUAUGCAAGGACAAUUCACCAACAAGGAUGUAUGGGAGUAGCUUGUCCAGGGAAUCAAAACUUUGGAUUAGCAGAAGUGGCUGCAAGGCAUGCUGAUGCCACUGUGUUGGUAAUGGGACUUGACCAAUCCAUCGAAGCCGAAGCUAAAGACAGAGUUACCCUUCUUCUCCCAGGACACCAACAAGACCUCAUUUCUAGGGUAGCUAUGGCUUCUAAAGGCCCCGUAGUGUUGGUCUUGAUGUCCGGUGGCCCCAUUGAUGUUACAUUCGCCAAAAAUGAUCCUCGUGUUUCCUCUAUUGUUUGGGUUGGCUAUCCUGGUCAGGCUGGUGGAGCUGCCAUUGCUGAUGUUCUAUUUGGAGCAACCAAUCCAGGGGGGAAGCUACCAAUGACAUGGUAUCCACAAGAUUAUGUAGCUAAAGUGUCAAUGGCAAACAUGGACAUGAGAGCAAAUCCAUCAAAAGGGUAUCCCGGUAGAACCUAUAGAUUCUACAAAGGCCCAACAGUUUUCCCAUUUGGGGCUGGCAUUAGCUACACAACAUUCAGCCAACAUUUAGUCUCCGCACCAAUCACUGUUUCAGUGCCAACUCUUCAUUCUCAUGAUCUUGUAUCGAACAACACAACAACAUUGAUGAAAGCGAAAGCUACAGUGAGAACAAUACAUACCAAUUGUGAGUCACUUGAUAUAGAUAUGCAUAUUGAUGUGAAAAACACAGGGGACAUGGAUGGAACACACGCGGUCCUCAUUUUCUCAACCCCACCUGAUCCCACGGAGACAAAACAACUCGUCGCCUUUGAGAAAGUUCAUGUUGUGGCUGGGGCUAAGCAGAGGGUCAAGAUCAAUAUGAAUGCUUGCAAACACCUUAGUGUAGCUGAUGAAUACGGAGUUCGAAGGAUUUACAUGGGAGAGCACAAAAUUCAUGUGGGUGAUCACCUCAAACAUUCUAUAACCUUUCAACCUUCAUUGGAGGAGAUCAAACUCUAAGAAUACUUUUAAGGACUAAGUCAUAGAUAGUCAUGCUUUGGUUUCUAUUCUUGCAAUGAAUACUUGUUAAUUGUUUCUUUCCCCUCAUCAUAAUAAAAGCCAACAACAAGUGUAAAGAAGCUCUGUUGUUUGGGAAUGAGAGGGGAAAGGUUAAAAACAAUAUUAAUUAGGGAUUUGGGAUAUAUAUAAUUAAGACAAAAAGUUAUAGCAAGUGUUGAUUGGGUUCAAUAUAAUCAAAUGUGACAUAGAAUUUGAGGAUGAAGCAUUUGAACACCUUCUUUCCAAUGAUUGUUUUCCAUUGUAAGUUGGAAUAUAGUAUUGUUGUAUAAUAUCGAUUAAAUUCAUCAUUAGAUAACGACUAAAAGUCUCAUUUUGUAAGAAGAC